AUGAAGAAAAAACAAUUUUUCCAAAUUGUCGAAAGUAACGAUUUGUCUGCACAGCCCGAAAAUUCGCCUCUUGAUUUGUCCGCGUUGUCUGAAAAUUCGUCGCUUCAGUUAUCUGCGCGGUCGGAAAAAUCGCCGCUUAAUUUGUCAGCGAAUUCCAUUGUAGACUUUGAUAAGUCGGAAAAAAAAAAAAAAAACAAUUUAAGUGAAACACAACUCUCUCACAAUUCGCAUGAUAUUUUUAAUAAUGUCACGAAGAGGAAUGCGUUAAAUUUUUUAGGUUUGCUAAAUAAAAAGAAAAAUGUUGAUAAUUUCCAGGGGAAAAGUGAUGAACGCGAAAAGGGCACUCGCGAUGCACAUGUAAAAAGUGUGAACCAUGAAGUGGUUAAUACCCCAGGUGUAAAAUGUGAAAAUGGAGAGUUCAUACCAAAUGGGGUGUCACCAUGCACGGUGGAGUUUCCGCCUACAAAUGAGGAUGACAACAGUCGGAACGAUGCGCGUGGUGAGGAUGGCUCUAGUACACCCCUUAGCAGGGGAAACGAUGAAAGAGAAAACAAACGCAAUAACCAUUUUUACUGCUUGAAACAAAUUAUUCACAACAAUUUAAAUAAUAACUACGACAAAAGUGAGGUGAAAAUUUUCAACAUUUAUCACGACAACAGGGCAGAGUGUUUAUUUAAUGAUGCAAGUGUAAUAAAAUUUUACGGACAGGAAAAUGUAUGCAUAUAUGAAAAUAAAAGCUACAUAUGGGAAGAAAUAAACGCGAACUUGUUCCACCAAAAUGGGCAAACAGAAAAGGAAAAAGAAGACAGUUUUGACGCACAUAGGGACAUUUAUGAAUAUUUAUACAAGGAAAAAAUGAAACUGAAUAGUGCAAGUGUAAAUGGUAAAGACAGGGGAAAUUAUGUUCAGAAUGGGAUAAUAACGAAAUGUGGCCAUUCUCACGAGCAGGUGCAACAGUAUUUCCAAUUUUACAUGCACAAGUAUCCACCUUUCUUGAAGGGAAAAAUAAAAAUAUUCAUACAUUUGUAUAACAUAUUUAGCAUACAUCCCUACAUAAAUCACAAAUUUGUUGAAGAAGAAAUAUAUUCGAAAAAUUUAAAAAUUUCCUCGUCUUUUGAAAAAAUUGUUCACAUAAAAUGGCGUUUUUAUGGGGAACAGGAAUUAAGAGAGAUGCUAAAUCGCGCUGUGUUAAAUAAAAAAAGGGAACACUCUUUGCAGGAAAGUUUUCUCCAAGUGGACGAUUACAUUGGCGUAAAUUUUUUAACACAAGAAGUGAAAGUGAACGACGCAGGUCCACCACACGAUGGUGAUGAAGGAAAUAAUCACUCCAACUACGUACUUCUAAAUGGCAACGGGCUGUGCUUUUCUGCCUACUACCAUUUAAUCGUCCCGUACCACAGGCACAUUAACCAAAGUGCAAACGAGGUGGACAAAAAGAAUAGUGACUACAAUUUAAGUUAUGAAUAUGUCUACCUGUCUCAGCUAUUUAACAUUUACGAUAAUUUCCACGUGUGCUUUUUGUACCCCUUAUUUGUCUCGUACUUUUUUUAUUACCACUUAUUUUUCAAGGGGGAUCGCUGCGCUAGUGAGGCUGCUCCUCCGCCGCUUCCACCUGAAACAGAAUUAGCUCUCUCAGAAAAAAAGGGUAUGCAAGAAGGGGCCUACACAAAUCAGAUAAAUGACAUAUAUGCCAAAUUGACAAAUUGUGUGAAGGAAACCAUUACGAAUGCGCAAAAUGGGAAUUUCAAGAUAAAGGACGGUGUUAUUGAAUUUUUAGUUCCACAGAGUUGUUACAAAAAUUGUGAGGAACCGGAGUUUCUCGCGGACAAAUCUCACCACCUACCGCUAUUGUACGUCGUGUGCAUAAGUAAGCACGGCGUCGGCAACAAUGUGGGCAGCAGCGUGCGUAACAGUGUGGGAGGUGUUAAUUAUAGCCUCCACCAUAGUGGUACCCAUAAUAGCGCGCGCAGAACAAGUGUAGAAAACAAUCUGAUGACCCUCCCCACGAACUCCACAAAGGAAAGCAGCUGCGAUGCGUAUGAUCAUAUGAACUCCAUCCACACCAGGGGGGGUUAUUACAGUGAGGAGGGCCUGCAUAAAACGAAGGCAGACAAAGAGCAGUGGGCAUGGGAACCCCACGACAACAACAUAUGCUGCAAUGAAGUUAAAGAAUUCAAUAACUUGCGAACAAUUUUCCCUGAACAUAUGAAACAGUAUUUUAACACAUGCAACAAAAUUGAUAACAUCAUAAAAGUUAGCGUAAGGAAUGAUGGUGUGUGUUUUAUGUAUGUAAGGAAUAUCCUUAGUGAGUAUAUUUUCUUUUCCUACUUCAUCUUAUUUAACGCGUUUGAAAAUCUUGUUCACUUGAUGAAUAAGGGAAAGGGUGGAGGAACUCAAGGGGGUAACAUAACAAGUGGAAAUUUACUCAAUAUGGAGCCUGUUCAACAGUGCGGCAAUCUUCAUAGCAACGUUUUGGAGAGCUUACCCCCCUUGUAUCAUCCAAACGUGGAACGCCGCAAAAGCGAAGCAGACACCUUUGCAAACAUCGACCAGACAUUCGAAAUGAGCAACAUAAGUAACAUUUACAACGACUUUUACAUUUGCGAAAAUAAAAAAAUGAACACCUUUAAGCUGAUGAACAUAAUGAAUAGGGAAAAAAAAAAAAUAUUAACUGCGUACUAUUUCGAGAGUAGCGAAUUAACGCCGAUUUUCUUUUUACGAUUGUCCAACAUGCAUAUUUAUGACAUAAACAGACAACUGAAUUCCGUUUUUGAAUACAUAAAUUACAAUAACAAAACUUUUACCCCUUUUUUAAAAAAGUACGCAAAAUACGAAAUGAAUGUUCAAUUGGAUUUGCUAGAAAAUAUGUACAACAUUAACAACGAAUUGUAUUUACUGUAUACAAAAAAAAUUAAUUAUUCUCACGAUAUUUACAAAUAUAAUUACCUGUACGUACAGGAUUAUUUAUUAAAAAAUUACAUCCUAUAUUACAAUAUUUAUUUUCGGAUACGUGAGGAAAUGAAAAAGAAUGAAUACUACAAGCUGAAGUACACCAACAGGAAUAAACAGACCAUAUCCGUCCACUUCACCGUUUCGUUUAAUUACGCCUAUGAUAGGGUGAAUUCUCAUUUUGAGCUGAAGCCAAGUUAUUAUAUAACCCACGUCGAGUCUGACUCCCCCCACGAGCAAAUCGAUGCGGCAAAUUACAUUGCCUUUAUUAGCAAGUAUGUGCACAGCAAAUACGUAAACUGA